UGCCCAUAGCCUAUAUGACCCUCCAGUUCCAGGGUUGUUGAAAGCAGUGGCAAGCUCUGUGCCUUUUUCAUCUGACCUCUUGACUCAGAACCUCAGCUAUGAAGUUGACAAGCAUCUUUCUUCUCUGUGCCUUGACCUUGUUAAGUUUAUCUGGUAACACUGAAGCUGAUUCCCAAGGAAGAAAGGCUAAUUGCAACAAUGCAAUUACUGGAUGCACCAAGAUUUAUGACCCUGUCUGUGGAAAUGAUGGAAACACUUACGCCAAUGAAUGCAUGCUGUGCCUUGAAAAUCAGAAGCGCCAGAUUCCUAUCCUCAUUAAAAAAUCUGGGCCUUGCUGAGAGCCAAGGCGUGAAAUCCUUUAAGAUCACCAAGAUGUCCAGCUGACAUGCCUGCUGAAUAAAUGUAUUUGAACACA